AGGACACUAGCAAAGGGAGCCGUUUCAAAGAGGCAAAAUCCGUCUAUUACUACUACAAAGAUAUCAAGGCUGGCUAACAUUCAUACCAUAGGCUAAGGCUAUAACAUAGGUAGAGAGAUACGAAAUAGAGUAACGGAGCCGGCUAGAUGAUGAUCAUACGGAAGACCUUUCCAAGACUUGUCUUUAAUUCAAGAUGUUUGAUGCUGCCUUUGACAUCUCAGUUUCCACAAGGAUUUUCAACUAAUAUUUCUUUGCCACCAGAUAUUGAUUAUUCUGAAUUGCAAAGGAAAUUAGACUCGGAUGAAAUAACAUUAAUUGAUGUCCGUUUGCCCAAAGAACGGUCAGAAGAAGGAAUGAUUCCAAAAUCCAAAAAUAUUGUAUUAGAGGCACUAGGACCUAUUAUAUUGUUUCCUGAUGAGAAGUUUGCAAAGAGAUUUGGGUUCAAGAAACCAGCACUUGAUGAUCCAAUCGUUGUAUCAUGUCUUGGUGGUGUUCGAGCCAGAACUGCUCAGUUGGCCUUGAUGGGAGUAGGUUACAAUAAUGUCAGGGUGUAUGUUGGAUCAUUUGAAGACUGGAUUACAAAAGGCGGCCCUGUUGUUUAUCCUGAACCAGAUUCUUAAUGGUUUGUAUUUUAGUGUAUUUUUACAGGGUUUCAGUAGUUUGUAAUUAUAUAUAUAUAUGAUGUACAAAUUUUUGCCUGUGAAAUAUUUUCUCCAAUAAAUAUAUAAAUAUAAAUAAGACAUGAUUAGUAAUUUAUGAUAACUAGUCUCCCAAGUGCAGUUUUAAAAAUCAGUUGGUUAAAGAGUGAGAGAGGCAAGUUGUUCAGUUUUGGGAGAUGCUGAAUUUUGUUCAAUGUUAUUUUCAUGAUGUGCUGGCAGGUGCCACACAUUCAGUCCUGAGUAUGGCAUAAUUCUGCAUCAAGUGAUAACAGCUUUUACUUUGUGAAUCUUCAACUAAAUUGUGAGCAAUGGUUAUGGGAAAUGAAUGUGAAUGUAUGCAGUAUGACUGCAUUCAAGUAACCGAAGUGUUAAGAACAUUAUGAUGUCUCCCAAAUGCAUUACCAGCUGCAUAUGAUGGAGUAGCUCAUCCUCCAUCUUUCAAGACUUGGGCUGCACUGAUCAAGCUCAGAAAUACACUUUACUCGUAUACAAAUUGUGGAGUAUUUUUAGAGUUGUUUUGGGAAUAAAGUCAUGGAGCAUAUUGUAACAGAAACCAACAGAUUUGCCAAUCAAUUUCUAAAUGAAUAUGUGGAAAGUUUGCCUAGAAGUUCACAUGCACCAAAAUGGUAUGAUAAAGAUGUAAAUAAAAUUAAACUAUUCGUUGCUCUACUGAUUUUGCGAGGCCUUAGUUCUAAGUCAGAGACAUCAGUGUAUUUUUCAACAAGAGAAAGUGUCUUUUUUUUCAUUAAGUAAUGCGUGGGCAUAGGUUUGAUGUGAUACAAAAAUUUUUGCAUUUGGUUGAUAAUACUACUAUUGUAGAUGAACCAGGAAGAAAGUUAAUAAGAUCAAACCAUUCACUGAUAUUAUUUUGAAAAAGUUUAUGAACAAUUACAUUCCUAAUAAGAACAUCAGUAAUGAGGAGUCAAUAUUAGGAUGGAAAGUCAAUCUAUCAGGGGCACAACAUGUACCAACUAAAUGUAAGCACGUUGUUAUGAAAUUUUGGGAAAGUGCUAUGGGCUAUAUUUAGAACUUUUUCAUUUAUGGGGUGCAGACAUACCAUACAAUGAAAAAUAUAUGGGUCUUCCUGUGUCUCCUAGAAUUGUUUUCACUCUCAUAAAUGCCUCUUAGGGAAGGGAUAUUGUUUGUUAAUGGGCAAUUUUUUUUACAAGAUUAGAAUUAGCAGAUGCACUUGAAAAUGUGUACUAAAUAAAAAGGGUGGUCUUAAAACAAUAAAAGAAACUAAAUUGAAAAAAGGUAAAAAAAUAGUUGUAUAUCAGAAUAAAUCAAUGGUACUAAGAAUGCUAAGUAGGAUGUAACUGUUCUGAGCACAUUGCAUGAUGAUUCUAUGAAGAAAGUGAUGACUAGGCAAGGGAUGGAUGUAGUAAAACCAAAAGCAGUACUAGAUUAAUUUACAAAUUCACAAUCUAUCAGGUAGUCUUUUAUGUAAUUUUUCAGCUGGACAAAACAGGCUGAAGAAAUAUUAUUAAGUUUUUAGUCAUAUGUUAGACAUGUUAGUACUAAAUUCUUAUAUAACCUACAUGGUCCUUGGUGGGAAGAUGAUAAAACGUGAGUCUAUAUUGAGGCUAAAAAAAAAAUUAUAACAGUAUAUGCAGGAUAACUGCCUGGUCAAGCUGUUGCAAUAAGUAGACCCCCACGUCUUUUAGCAAAACCCUCUUGACUAUUUGGCGGACAUUUUCCUGACUAUUGUCCUCCUAUCCUCCUACUGUAAAUAAGGAAAGGCCUCUUAGAUCUUGUGCUCAGUGCUGAAAAAACAACAAAAGAAAGUAAAGCUCAUGCUAGUGUAAAGACUGCAAAGUUGUUUUGUGUGUGGCUGCAUGUUUCAGGGAAUGGCAUACAAAAGAAUUUUUUUUUUUUCUUUUGUUUCAUGCAUGUAAUCUUUGGGAAAUAGAAAUGCAAAAUAGA